AACCUACACCGGACCAUCGUCCAGGGCAAGGAGCCGGAGGACUUGCCAGAUCGAGUCGUGGAGGAGAAGGCGGCGCCCGCGUCGGCCGACGCGGCCGCGGGGCCGCCGAAGGAGAAGCGAAAGGAGACGCCGUCCGAGCCUCCGUGCCAGAUCCCCGACCACCGCCUGCAGUACCACAAG